AAAUGGACAGAUGGGAUGGUAGGGACUGGGAGUCUAGGAGGCGUAUUAUCGCUUUCUCAGUGGCAGGAACGAAGUUGUCAUAAGUGGCGGCCACUCUCCGGUGGUCCCUCCGGCAACUUCCACGAACCACAAUUUCUGGUUCAUCGUGGACUUCUAGUUCGACAUUAGAGUAUGGUGGCAGAGCACGAUCUGCCUGAGUCAUGGCUUCGAGUUGACCCAAGAUGAUCAAUCGAUGGGAAAUUGGUGGGUUUUGGAGACUUUGAAGCAGAAAAAAGAAGACUUUAGAAAAGAUGAAAAUGACAGAUUCUCCUGCAAUUUGGAGAUGAAAGAAGAUUCAAUACCUUCUUUAAUAAAGUUCCAAUAUUUUCUAAGAGGGUCUCGAAUCUUUCCGGUUGGGUGUGACGGGUUAAGAAAGAAGAGCAGAAACAGCCAUUGGACUCACUCCAUGGCCGAUCCGGCGAACUCCAUUGCCGUAUCAGAAUCCGAUAAUCCACGGAGGGGUCAAACAAAGAUUUAGAAACAAGAAUAGAAGUCUUCAUAGUUUUGGAAAGAAAUCACGCAACAGUCGUCUCGCAGACUCGCACCGACUUCGUUUGCUCUCCUCGUCCUGAAGAUUUUACCGGGGUUCGCUGUGUUGCCGCCGGAAAAGUGGCAACUCCGGUAGCAGUUGCAGUUCCUCGGGUGCUUGGGUUAAAUGGUUGAGCCGCAUGGGCUGGCGACCCGCAUGGGGCUUUUUCGUAGGAGUUCAUAUAGCACGUGCACUAAAAGAGGGUAAAUUUGACAUUUAAGCUCUCUACAGAUAAGGUAUAAAGAGGAGCUUGGGAGAGUGACGUUAAGACCAUCUCUCGAGUCUCGCGGUCUCUCUCACCUGCGAGGGCUCUGAAUUUUUAACGGUAAAAUUUCUGAGGUGACUUCAGAGCGAAAUCGAUUAGGUGAGGUCCUUGCAUGAUAGGAGUGAUUUUUUCUUGUGGAGGAAAAGUUCAGCCAUCUUCUUGGCUGAUGAGCUUGUCAGGGUUGAGGUUAACAGGCAGUCACCGUCUAUGGGAAACUGCCCUAGAGUAUUCCCCAGGUGUUUGAUUAUUGAUGGCUGCAAGUGCAAACCCUUCUGGGAAUCAAGAAGGGAGCCAUGUUCCUUCUUCCUACAAUGGUGUCACCGGUGGUGGGAACCCUUCCAAUGGAAAUUCUGGUGCAGUAGUGGAAAAUUCUGGUCUGGUCCAUACAUUGAAGCAUGACCCUGGUCUGUCAACAGACUGGACAGCAGAGGAGCAGUCAAUCUUAGAUGAAGGACUUGCCAAAUAUGCCUCUGAGUCAAUCAUAGUUCGGUAUGCAAAGAUUGCCAUGCAAUUGCAAGAUAAGACAGUCCGAGAUGUGGCAUUGCGUCUUAAAUGGAUGACAAAAAAGGAAAGUGGCAAGAGAAGGAAAGAGGAUCACAACUUAACAAGGAAAAACAAGGACAAAAAGGAAAAAGUUACGGAUCCUUCGGCAAGAUCAUCAUCUCACUUGGGAUCCCGACCUAAUGUUCCCCCAUAUGCACUGCCAAUGAUCCCUGUGGAUAAUGAUGAUGGAAUCUCUUAUGAAGCUAUUGGUGGUGCUACAGGACAGAUGCUCGAGCAAAAUGCACAGGCAUUUAAUCAAAUUUCAGCCAAUCUAUCCACUUAUCAGAUACGGGAGAACGUCAAUCUCUUCUGCCAAGCUCGGGAUAAUAUCCUCACUAUCUUGAAGGACUUGAAUGACAUGCCGGGUGUAAUGAAUCAAAUGCCACCACUUCCAGUGAAAGUGAAUGAAGAGCUUGCCAAUUCCAUUCUUCCUCGGACAACCCUUCCGAUGCAAUCAUGAUCCUGACUAAGGAUGGAGCUGAAAGGAGUAGACCUCAGGUGUUUGAAGUUUGCAUUUGGUUUUGGUGUGGGGAUGGGUAGUGGCCAUCCACGCUAGGACAUCACGGCCCCUCCAGUGGCUCUGGCCCUGUACUAACCCAUCCCCCCCCCCCCCCCCCCCGCAAAAAAAGGAGAUAAAUCUACCAUUGUAUACUAAUGUUGACAUUGUAUAGUUGCAUUGAUGAAUAAGUGUAUUUAUUCAUUGUGUUUCUUCCUUGAUGGAAUCGGAAGAAUUUGUACAUUUGCCUUACAUGAAAACCUACUGGUGAUUACUGACUA